UGUUCACAUAUUUCCUUGCCGACAUUAUGUGUUUGGCUAAAUGUUCUGGCUCUGAUGCAGUGAAGUACAAGUACUGCAUGGCUUAUGUGGUAUUUACAUCCUAUUGCCUUGCUAAAGACCAAGAAGAUCUGUCUUUGAAAAUACAUUUGACUUUCAUAAUUUCAGAUACAACAUUGUGGCCGUGAAGCUUUACACGUACGUAUAUGGUAAGUAGAGGUGCAUUGCAUGUAGAAGGUGAACAUUUCACUUAGGAUCUGUGCUCUAAGGUGUCUGUUUCCAAUUCUUACAUGUGACCAGCAGACAUAGUGUGGUGCUGUGUCUUAUUCUAUUUGAUUUUUGAGUGUGGAGGGCAUGAAAUCUUGCUCAGACGUUCCCUUCUGUAGUUCAAUGCUGAUCUCCUACCUUGAGAAAACCUGGUCUCUAGACUGCGGGACUUCAGUUAAUACAAAGAUGAAGCCAUAGACUGUUUUCAUCUGCCAAUGUCAUGCCCUGUGGAUGAAUGUGUGUCACUUGAACCUCAGGGAAAUUCCAGACUGGAUGUGUACAAUUUUAGCAUGCCCCAGACCCCACACAGAAGUGGUGACAUGAGUGUCUCAGAUAUGUUGGCCUAUAUAGUAGCCAAGACCCCAAGAUUACAGUGGUGUUCUUAGCAGAAAGGAAUGUCACACACCAGGCAAGAGCCUUAGAGAGAAUCACGGAUAUUAAAUAGCAGAUGAAAUUACAUCAGUCAAAGACCCUAAUCUCAUACUUCUCUUGGACAUCUCAAAGAAUCUGAAAUCCUCGAUGAUAGGAGUUGUGUUGCAUAUAGGAAAGAAAGCUUGCAGAUGCCUCCAUAUUUUGGUCCUAGUAGCCCAUGAGGCACAUAUAUGCCCUGGAAAAUGAUGCUGUAAUAAGUGCUGCUCCCUUUAUUCACUGGCCACUCUGCCAGAACCAGAGAACAUGUUCCUUUAAAUAUGGCCAGAGGAGUCAUUUCCUGUCCCUCUUCUUUGGGACAUUGUACUUUCAUGAUCAUCUCAAGGAUUGUGAUGAAAGUGAAAUGUUGUCAUUUGUACAGUGCUUUGCCAAAUGCUGGGUAUAAAUUCACCAAGAAGUUGUCACUGUUACUUUGUUUUUAUUAACACUACCCUAAAUCCACCCCUGUACAAUGUAAAGUAGGACAUGUAAUCUUGUGAUGCUUUAGUUUAUGAUUUUUAAGAUUAAGAAUUUGAUGAAUAAUUAUUUCUGCCAUAGAAUAUGAAGAUCAGAGACAGCUGAAAAUGAAUUUCUUCAUACCUUUGAUUCAUCUCAGAAACUGAUAUCUUACACAUUAGAGUGGGAAGAUGCUGAGGGGUUCAGGACCAGCCUCAUUAGUGGAAUUCAGCUACCAUUCAAUAGGACUUAGCCAAUAAGAAAAUUUAUCAGGCAAUGUUACAUAAAAACUGCAGAUGGAUCCUGUUCAAUAUGUAGAUAAACUGAAUGCAAAUAUGAAAAGAAUACCAUCAGAUUUGCAAGUUUUCCCACAUGGAUGUUCACUGUGUAUUGGGGGGAGGUUCACAUCAACUAUUUGUGUCAGUUGAUAUCUUGAAAAGGCUCUUGUGGGGCUCGAAUGAAACCCAUAAGUGUCAAGUGUAAAGUGUCCGUCAAGUGAUGGUGAAACAGGGCAGGCCCACUUAGAGGAAGACACUGAGGAUGUAAGGGCAUCUAACUGGCUUUCAGUUGAAUGAAAUGCCCAUGUGCUGCCCCUGUCAGGGCAAAGCCAGCACAACCCUUGAGUGCAACAGAAAGUCUACUGAGAUGGGAUACAAAACAUUUAAAGUGAACCCUUGGCUUAGUGUUGUGCUGUGCUGUGUGGGUCUAAGAAGCUGAAGAGUCUGAGAAGAACAUCAUGGGCAGUUUAUAAUUCAGCAUCUCUCAGUGGUGGAAAAGCCUUGUGGUCUCUUUUGACAUAAAGAAAAGUUGGAGUGACUUUAUGACAACCCUUAAAGUAAAAAUUGUUAGGAUAUGAGUCCUGCCUUAAUCUUUUAGAACAGAGGAAUGAGAAAUAUGCUUAGACGCUUUUGGGAAAAGUCCCUGGAUAUACUCAUUUUGCUACAAGCAUCGAUAUGGCACUGACUCUCGGUCCCUCACUUGACGUGAGGGUAGAAACCAGUGAGCAAUUAAGCUCUCAACUGGCAAAGAGCCAACGAGAAUCAAAAGAACUGAAGGAGAAGCUUCUUAGAGCUGAGGCUAAGGCCUACCUCCUGGCAAAGCACCUGCGGGACCACAAUUGUGAAGAGUAUGAAGAUCUAAUUGAAUCAAUGCUGAGGGAGAAGCCGCACUUCCUGGAGGGGCAGCUGGCAGAGGAGCUGCUACCUGCGGAGAAUCUCAAGAAAUGUGGUGUUCAAAUUCAAGAGCAGGCCCAAGAGCUGACCCAAUUACAGCAGAAGUUACAGGAAGGGAGAGCUCUUUCUCAGCUCAUUCAUCAAAAUCUCCAGGCCCUCCUCACCCAUGCAGGACCCUGACAGCUGCCAGAGCCGGCAACUACUCACUGAGCUGCUCAAGCUGACAGAGCACCUUGUUGCCAAACUCAGCACAGUCAACCAGACAUCUGGGAACCAGGAGGAGCCUUAUGUGGACUCUCCCCAUACCAGCAGGCCAAGUCUCAGGCUGGCCCAGCUGGAGCUUCUCAAUGGCCUGCCUAAACCCAGAGUGGGACCCUGGUGGCCCUGUCCUAUGGACAACAUUGUGGAGGUGGCUUACGAUGAGAUCUGUGCCAGUGUCUGGAACCUCCAGCAAGAAGAAUGCUUCUUCAGGGAAGCCGGCCUUGGCAUCGGCCCGACGGCUCUGGAUCGGGAGCGGCCUUCCCUAGGUCCUGCCCUGCCCAGCGGGCCCGAACUCGAGCUGCCCCGGCUGGGACAGUUCCCUGUCCCAUGUGCAGCCAUCGCGGGACCCCGUUGGCCGUGUCCUGCGGCCGGGCACGUGGCCGUGGCGUACCUCCAGGUCUGUGACAGCGCCUGGGGCCUCCGGCGGGAGGAAUGCCACAUCUUCCAGACCAUAGACAUGUUCGUGUACCAGAUGUAUGAAGAGAAGGUAGCAGGUUAUCUUGGUCCUAACAAACCCAAGGUCUGUCUGAAGCUGCCCAAACCAGAACAGCCUGAGUUCCUGCUCAGCCCAGUGGCGUGUCCAUAUCCAUCUUUAACCAUGCCAUCACUUGUGGAUUGCACCUGCCGCACUGCUGGCAGUGACUGGGGUCGUGUGCAGGUGCCACACUUCUGCCUGUUUGUUUCUGCUAGUGGCACAUUGAAGGCUUGUCCUCAGAAACACUUGAAUGGAAUACUAGGUUGUCACCUGUCGAAGGUGCCAGUCUCACAUGCAGAGUUGUGGGUGAGACUACAGGGAUACACCUGUCUUCAAGUCCCAGUGGAUCCGCAAUUAGCCUCUGGUAGCAAUGAGGCCAGGCAUAGUGAUUCCUCCAGCACCUGCAGCUUUGCAGAAAACAUCGAUUCAAGAAACCAGUUGUUGUUCCACAAAGACUGUGCUAUUAUUAAGCACCAUAAUUUCCAGAGUGACUGGCUAAGAAUAGCUCAGUAUCCUCUUUAG